GCCACAGAGCCGGUUCUUUCUCUGUGGGACGGCGAGGGUUUUCUCAGCCCUGGUCUUUGGGACCCGCAGGUCCAAGACCCAGGCCUUCUUAAGCCCAGGCCCCGAAGAAGGAGGAGGGCCCCCGCUGGCCACGCCUCCGCAGAAGCGCCAUGGCUCCGGCUAGGAAAGGCGGCAGUCGCGGCAGUCGAGCGACCAAGAACAGUUCGCUGCGGAGCCGGAAGCUCUCCUCCUUUCUCAAAGACUUCGACCGCGAAGUGCAGAUCCGGUCCAAGCAAAUUCAGUCCGACCGGCAGAACCUCCUCAAGGAGAUGGACAACCUGUACAACAUCGAGAUCCUGCGGCUCCCGAAGGCGCUGCGCGAGAUGAACUGGCUCGAGUAUUUCGCCCUCGGAGGGAACAAGCAGGCCCUGGAGGAGGCAGCAACAGCUGACCUUGACAUCACAGAAAUAAACAAACUGACGGCAGAAGCUAUCCAGACACCCCUGAAAUCGGCCAAAACACGGAAGGCAAUCCAAGUGGAUGAAAUGAUAGUGGAAGAAGAAGAGGACGAAAAUAAGAAUCCUCAAGCUACACGAGUAAAAAGGUGCCCUCCAUCCAAGAACAGAGCCCAGUCUGUACAAGGAAAAGGCAAAAGGCAAAGGUCAAGCCGCUGUAACCUUGUUACCCCUGCCAUGAGCCGACUGGAGAUGUCAAUGGUAAAACCCACCCCGCGCCUGACACCCAGGUUUGAUUCCAGGGUGUUCAAGACCCCGGGCCUGCGCACCCCCGCAGCCAGAGAGCGAAUCUACAACAUCUCGGUCAAUGGCAGCCCUCUCGCCGACAGCAAGGAAAUCUUCCUCACCGUGCCAGUGGGUGAUGGAGAGAGCAUGAGGCUGCUGGCCAGUGACUUACAGAAAAUGGACAUCACGCAGCUGGCCCCGGAGGCCUUGGGGAACAUAAAGAAGCUCUCGAGCCGCCUGGCCCAGAUCUGCGACAGUAUGCAUUCCCGCAAGUGAGGCUGCUAUUCCUCGAGGCACCAGGAUCCACCUGCAACGGGCACUUCCCGGACUGCCCACCUGGGAGAGGCCGCUUUCCUUCAAGCUUGUUUGUUUGCAUGUUGAUCCUCUGAGGGACUCCAGGGAGAGGGAGCGAGAGAGGGACAGACGCGCUUCCCCUCCAUUAGAGAAAGCUUUGCUUCUGCUUGUAGCCUCACACCUCCCAACCCAGGGGACCCUUGGCGUGACCUGCUGCCUCCAGGACAUCAAGCUCCCUGUCAUCCUCCCAGCCCGGUCUUCCUUCCUUGGCACAGCACGCCCCAGACAGGGGCUGGGGGACUCCACACCCCAGGAAGGCUGCUGCCUCUCCGCAGUGGAGAACACUGCCUGCGUCCCCCUCUCUGUGCACGUGCGACGGUCUCGGGCUCAGAGAUGUGGUGCUGUAGGCCACAGGAGGGCAGAGCCAGGGGCUGAAGGGCGACACGACAUAGGCACUUCGCCCCUUGCACACCCUGCCCCUUUCUCCACGGCCCCAGCCGUGCCCAGUGGCUCUGACUCCCAGGAGAGUUUGCCUUAAUCCCUGUUGACCAAAGACCAAAAGUUGGUUUGCAGGCAGCUUCCUCGCUUUGCUCCUCUACCUCCUGAGUGCUGGGAAUUGGGGUGAGGGAACGGCAGGUCUUCAGCUCAUCCUGGGUCUUUGUGUGGCGGGCCACCCACAGUCCAGUGGGCCCAGCAGGCAUGUAGACUUGGCAGGGAACGCCUCUUUCCUGCGGGGUCUGCCGGCCAGCAGGUAGUUGUGUGGUGGCCUUGCUGUGUGUGUCACCUAGGCCCCGGCCAUGGACUGGCUCUCUGGCACGCGGCAGUGCGACCCUGCACUCCAGCCAGCACCUGCCACCAAGAAUCAUGGGGCUUGUUCCAAGAAUACGGGGACCGAGUCCUCCACCCGCAGACAGACCUAACAGCGCACCAGUUUCCUCGUGCUGGCUGCCUGGCUCUCUCGUGUGUCGUGCUGCCUGACUGUCCCUAGUGGGCUCGUCCUGUGCAGCCUGUGUUCUUUUGAGGUGUCUUCGUCCCUUUCCUGAGACUUGUGUCGUAGCGUUUCCUGAACGUUUCAGCGUAUCUCUGAAUGGACUUGUCAUCAGAGCUACUAAAAGUUACCUGUCUUCAAUAAAUGUGGGGUUGAUUUUUAA